ACUUAUACUAACUAAUAUUAGUAUGUGUACACUAAUACUAACUAAUAUUAGUAUGUGUACACUAAUACUCACCACAGAUGGACGCUCACCGACUCUGGACACAAACUCAGCUCACGACCACCUCCAGAUUUCAUCGGAUCUCAGGACGGUGACGGGGAGCGAUGUCCCCCAGGGUCGCCCCCGUCACCCACACCGCUUUGAGUGCCGACCACAAGCGCUGUGCUCUGAGAGCUUCUCGUCGGGUCAGCACUACUGGGAGGUGGACGUGGGGAGCGCGAGGUGGUGUCGGGUUGGAGUCGCGUACGGGACGAUGCCACGGAGAGGGCGUGGUGCUAAGUGCGCCCUGGGCAUGAGUGACAUCUCCUGGUGUCUACUGAAACAUGGCGACAUCUUCUCAGUGCUGCAUGGCGGGGUAGUGACGUCACUGUCGGUGCCGCAGCCUCCGCGGAGAGUCGGGGUCCAUCUGGACUGGGCCGCGGGGCUGCUGUCGUUUUACAGCGCCGACUCCAUGGCGCCGUUGCACUCGUUUCACCAAACAUUCACUCAGCCCCUACACCCUGCGCUGGGGGUGUGGGUGGGGUUUGGUGACUCAGUGAGGAUUGUGGAUCUGUGUGGUGCGUCCUGAGAGAGGUGAACGUGAACAGCGCAGAGGGCAGACGCCACGACGCAUGGCGCUCGCCACCCUCGUCGGUAAAGUCACAAAGAUAAAAAUAACAUUUUAACAAUAAACAUUAAAUAAAAAUUAAAAAUACAAAUACCAAAUCUCAUGACGUUUUCAUCUCAAGACAAGCGGUCGUCAUCAAUGAAGAAAAGUUUUAAGUCAAAACAAUAUUAUUGAUUUUAAAAAGUAUAAAUGUAUGCGUACGACAGUGGCAUUGCAACACUUGUAUCGUCGAUUCUACAAUAAAAAUACAGAACACAACAACAACAAUGUAGUUGUGUACAGCGUCAUUCGUGCGCACUGUUCAUUAAUUAAACACGAGGACCAAAUCCUCUACACAGCCACUGCCAAGCAAAUUAAAUCUACAAAUUAAUAAACAAAGAGACGGCGCCAAACACAAAAGGCGACAACAAUGUCCCAGCUGUUCAAGUCGUCUGUUGCUGCGUCAUGGACGUGGGGACGUCACCAGCCUCACUCCCCCAACAACCAC